AUGUGGCUGACGACGAUAACUGUGGGGUUAGUGACCCUAAUUUUGAUCAAAUGGUUGAAUGACUAUGUAAAACGAUGGCGGAUGCCUCCUGGACCAUUUUUCUGGCCAAUUAUUGGAAACCUUUCCUUGUUUAGUGGUAGGAUGUAUCUUACCUUCAUCGACCUCGCUAAGACGUAUGGAGACGUUUUCAGCCUGAAGUUGGGCAUGACGGAUGUGGUUGUACUGAACAGUCUGGAUGCUGUAAAGGAGGCUUUUAUGAAGAAGGGAGCAGACUUUGCAGGCAGGCCGAAGAUGCUAUCAAUGGAUAUAUCUUCUGAAGGUGGAAAGGACAUCGUCUUCACAGACUACAACCCGACUUGGAAACUGCACAGGAAACUGUUCCAUGGUGCCAUCAGGGGUUACGCGUCAGGACAGAACCUACAAAGUAAAGUCCACGAGUCUUUGAAGGACACCAUCGCAGAGUUUACUAAGAUGGAGGGUCAAGGAGUGAACCUUGAUGACUACCUUUAUCAGCUGGUCUACAACGUCAUCUGUUCAGCUGCUUUCGGCGUAAGGUACAACAUGGAUGAAGAGAAUUUCAAGACUCUGAUGAAAGUCAGCAAGGACGCCGCCGAAAGGUUCGGACAAGGUUUUCUCGCUGAUGUCUAUCCAUUACUUCGGUUCCUGCCUUCACCGACCGUAACUGCCUGUCGAAAAAUGAUGGACCAAAUUCUAGGGAUCAUGCAGUGUCAUCUGGAGCAGCACAAGGAAACGUUUGACCCAAGCAACCUCCGUGACAUCACAGAUCACAUGAUCAAGGCUCAGAAGGACGCUGAGGAGGAAGGAAUCCAGGACAUCAACUCUCUUACAGACACUCAUCUCAGGCAGACAAUUAGUGACAUCUUUUUUGGGGGUACAUUCUCAAGUAUCUUUUCUCUACGCUGGGCCCUCCUGUACCUUGCUGUCCACCCGGAGAUACAGGAGAAGGUGGCUGCUGAGUUAGACAGUGUGGUGGGCCGUGACAGGCUGCCGGAGCUGUCCGACCGUGAGGCCACGCCGUACAUGGAGGCAACUAUGCAUGAAGUGAUGAGGAUGGCAUCUAUGGAUCCUCUGUCUUUGCCACAUGCUACAACUGUCGACACCACGCUUAGAGGUUACCAGAUCCCGAAGGGUACUAUGGUUAUGCCGAACCUGUGGGCCCUGCACCAUGACCCUGACACCUGGGGAGAUCCGGACGUUUUCCGGCCUGAACGUUUCUUGGAUGAAAAUGGGAAACCAGUCAAACCUGCGGCCCUAAUGCCUUUCAGCGCUGGGCGCCGUGCUUGUCCUGGCGAAACCCUGGGAAAAGCAAACAACUUCCUCUUACUAGGAGGACUGGUCCAGAACUUCCGCUUCAGCAUUUCCAAGGGUGAGGGCCCUCCUGAUCUCACCCCUGAUGAGAAAGGUGGGGGCGCCUCCUGCAUACCAUCGCCGUACAAGGUGGUGAUGACCUGCCGGAAGUGAAUGUUGCUGACCUACAGGCAGUUGAUGAUGAAGUCGUGUAAUAAGCAGGCUGAUGGAUCCAACUGUGCAUGCGCAGGCCAAAGGUAAAGGACCCUGAUAUAAACAGUUCCUCCCUUGAUCAUAAAUGGCCUACAUCUGCCUGUUUGCAUUUUAAUGCCCAGACGUGUUUUGUUUAUGUUUCAGGGGUGUUAACCUUUGACAUGCGCAUGCCCAGUUGGAUCAGUGAAUUUACUUAUUCCAUGGCACAGACGAACAAAUUUCAAUAUCUCCAAUUAUCCCAAGUAAUACAUAGCUGCCUAUCAAACGAAACAUCAGCACAAAAGGAGUGCAACAUUUCGCGGGUUUGUAUCUGUAUCAAUAUAAUAUAAUUUGAAUAUGGAGGGAAAGGGGAAUUGAAACAUUGUGCAGUGUAAUAAUAAAAUGAAAACUUAUUCGCGGUGUCAUGAUUUCGUAGUAGAAAGAUCACCGCGCAGAUAUUUAAGAUUUACCUGAUUUUGAUAAUCGUUAACUUUCUUACUAUUUCAGCGAAUUUGAACUAUGUGAAGCCACCUAAGCUUGAUACAUUUCCACAAGUGUGAACUAGCGGCAUGUUAUGAAAAGUUAUGUAAUAUUCAAGCAGGAUAACCAUAUCAUAACAUUACAGUGUAUAUUCUAAUAUGAUAUGAUAAGGGAAGCAUUAAUUUACAACCUUAAUUUGUUAGUAACCUUGAAGAUGUCGAAUGGAGACCUGUUUUCGUUUGUGACUUUAUCUUUAUUGAAUGUUGCAAGUUUGAAGGACUGGACAAGUCGAUUACUCUUCAUAUAGUGGGCUUUGUCGAUGGUAAGCUAAACCUUUUAUGAUGAUUUCCUUGUUAUUCUAUUUGUUCAAAAUACGUGUAACGGUACCAUUCAUCUCUGCCUCUGACAUGUCAAACAAUAUAUUAAUGAUAAUUGGUAUCUUCAUCUGUACCCCUAAGAAAGCUACAUGUAUCUUAACCUCUGACUCUUCAUAUAUGUACACUAACAGCUAGUGCAACUACGCCAUGUAGAAUUAAAGAAGACAUAGAUACAUUGCGUUGAUUGAAUUGUCCCUCCUUGUGUUUACUAUUAAUAAAUGCAUGCAUAACA